GAUUAACCUGAAACAGCGCCACGUAUGCUUUAUUCGGUUUACCCCUCUUGGCUCUUGGGGAAAAAAAUAAAAUCAUACUGAAAAGGGUUGGGGCAAGCAGCCCAUCGAAUCAAAUUCCAAUUAUAAAACAAAAAUUCACAGUUUGAUUCAUGUUUCUCUUGGCUGUGAUUUCAGUCUUUUGACUUCACCUUCAGGAUUUGUUAAAUUUGAUAUAAUGCCGAAAAGAAAGCAUAUACUUGUGUGUCGGUCUGGUGCUAAGCUUAUGAUGUCCGAGGAUGGUUCAUUGGCAUACAUGGGUGGGGAUGCUUAUGCAAUCGGUGUUAAUGAAAACACUCGUUUUGACGAAUUGAAGUCCGAGAUGGCAGAUAUGUGGAAAUUUGAUCCUGGUUCUAUUGCUCUCAAGUAUUUGCUGCCUAAUACAAGUAAUAACCUUGUGACAAUUGCAAGUGACAAAGACAUACGGAACAUGCUUGAAUUCUAUGAGGAUUCUACAACGGUGGAUGUUUAUGUAUUCACCAAUUCAAAUAAUGGCCCUAGUGAUGUGUUAACUAUUCCCGGCAUAAGAUCCAAGGGUACAACUGUGGAGACUGUCAUUCCCCGUAGUGAUGUUCUGUCUUGUCCUGAACGGGUCAUUGGUGUUGAUCAAGUUCCCCAUAGUAUUGUACUGUCUCAUCCUGAACGGGUCAGUGGAGCUGAUCAAGUUCCCCGUAGUGAUGUACUGCCUCGUCCUGAGAGGGUCAUUGGUGUUGAUCAAGUUUCUCGUAGUAUAGUACUGCCUUGUCCUGAAAGGGUCAGUGGAGUGGAUCAAGUUCCCCCUAGUGAUGUACUGUCUCGUCCUGAGCGGGUGAAUGGUGCUGAUCAAGUUCCCCGUAGUGAUGUACUGUCUCGUCCUGAACGGGUGAAUGGUGCUGAUCAAGUUCCCCGUAGUGAUGUACUGUCUCUUCCUGAACGGGUGAAUGGUGUUGGUCCAGUUCUCCAUAGUGAUGUAUUGUCUCGUCCAGGAUGUGAACCUCUGAAUGAGUUAGCUGUUUAUUCAGAGUCGGAGAUGCUGAAAAAUUCCAAGGAGAGCGAGCGGUUCAGACUUGCCAAAUUCUGGGAGAAUAGCCUUACGGGGGUCGAGCAACAAUUUAGUAGUGUCAAUGACUUUCGUGAUGCUUUACGCAAGUAUUCUGUAGCACGAGGUUUCUCAUGCAUUAAAACUGAAAACAAUAGCAAACAAUUUAGUGCCAAGUGUAAGGGUGAGGGAUGUCCUUGGGAAAUUUGUGCAUCAAAAUUGGCUACCUCGAAGCAAUUUGUGGUAAGGAAACUGAAUGACACCCAUACCUGUGGAGCGAAAAAAGUUAGCUCCAAGUGAAGGAGUUGAUCCAAAAUUUCCAUGAAUAGGAAGGGAAGCCAAAGGAAAGGGCGUAUGGGAUUCAAAAUGAUGAGAUGUAAUCCUUUGCUUAUUUAUAUGAAAAUCGAAUCCUUGUACUGUAGCCUUUGUUGGUACAACCAAGAAUGUGAGAUGUUUUCGUCUUUUUUCUUGCAUUAUAUGCUAAAUUGAUUGACUUUGGAAA